CUUCAUAGCCAUCACCAUCCCCAUCCCCAUCCUCACCCCACUUAGACAGCUUCACCUUUUUCUCCUCAAAGUCAGCAUCAUCCUCCAGUCUGCUUGACCCAAAUCCCAUGUCCAUAUCCUCAUCAUCGCGCAACGACUCCUGCAGCUUCUUCUUGAGCCUCUCUUCCCGCCCUUUGGCCUUGAUCUCCUCCUCUGAUUUCUCCAGUGCGCCAUUUGCCUUUGCCUUCUUGAGUGCCGCCUGCAGCAAGGGAUCAUCCAAAGACGGCGCCUUGUAUGUUUGGCCCGUCGAAAGAUCCACCUUUCCUCCUCUGAAAUUCUUGAAAUAAUCUCUCUCCUCUGGAGGGCCGGAGCUAGGUUUCGGUGGUGGUGGCAUAGCUGCCGAGUCUGAUCUCGCCUUCUUAUCCUCAUCAGAUGACGAGUCCGAGUCUUCGAGCGCAGCUAAUGGGUCGUAAUCGGAGCCCGCGUCAUCAAAGAUGCUGAUCUCCUUGCUCUCCUCCUCUUCCUUUGCCGCCCUCUCGGCUUCCUCCUGCUGUUUCCUGUAGUACUCUGGCACCUCCAUACCAAGCACGCCGCGAGAUGCCAGCGCGGCCGCUUCCCUGUCUUGUUCCUCCUCUAACAGUUUGUGGUCCACCUUCCGAAUCUUUCGCACCUCAUGGCCAUCCUCGUCAACAGUGAUCUGAACCUCCCGACCCAUGCUAUCCUUUUCUAUCCUUGUCCCCGGCGUCUUUUUCGCACCAAUCUUCUUGAACUUGGACCCCAGACCCGACUCCUCCUUCGCCUUGGCCGCUUCCCUUGCCGCCUUCAACUCAGCCAGUAGCUGAUUCCUCGACCUCUUCUGCCCUGGAUUCAACGCAGCAGUCGCAAACUGCCCCUUCUUCCGCACCUUUUCCCUGGUCACAGCCUUGACUUCAGCAUCGGCCAAUUUCUCCAGGACACCGUCCACAUCCUCCUCCACCUCCCCCUCUUCCCCACGCUCAUCCUCGCCUGCCUUCUUCCCACUCCAGACAUCUUCCCCCUGCUUCACCCUCCUCAACAAAGCAAAAUCAAGCCCCUUGACAAGAUGCGUACUCGCCAAGUCACCCCCAGCAAUCUGACUGCGCAUCCGGUCGUACGUCUCCCGGUCGAUCUCCUCCUUUUUGAAAGCCUCCUCCAACGCCUUUAAUCGUUCCGCUCUCUCAUCCUCCUCUUCUUGCUCCCUCUGCCUGGCGCGGUCAACGUAGCCCUCUGCGAACCGGGACCCUUUCGGGGCCGAGGUCCGGAAUCGUUUGGCUGUCUUUUCGAACUGCUUGUUUUUUUGCUCUGCUAGUUGCCUCGCGAAGUCGACUCGACCUGUUGAUCGGGGGGUCAUGGGGAUGCUGGAUUUGAGUCUGGAGCCGAGCGCGGCUGUUGCUGCUGGGCGGGAUGGUGGUGGUGGUGGUGGUGGUGGUGGGGAGGUGUCAUUGUUGUUGGUGGAGGAGGAGGACUUGGAGAGGAGAAGUUUUCGGAAUUCUUGGUUGUUCAUUUUGGGGAGUAAGGAUGUGGAAAAGAGCUGAUGUUUUGUUUGGUGUUGAAGAAGCUUUGUCGCAAAGCGAGCGCAAGGAACCUUGCAAGGCUAAGCACGUAUAGCUAAAUAUAAGUGGGGCGCGGGUUUAGGCGUCAUGGUUACAGUGGGUUAGCUAGUUUUAAUUGGAAAGGGUCCAGUCACGGGACCACGCGUUGUGAGGUGGGGCAGGCAUCAAGGCUGGAAACGGGGCCUUUGGGGACAGGCCAAAGAGAUUCUUUGCCACUUGGAGUGAGAGCAAACUCGGCCGAGUGUUGGUUGCUUUUUGGGAGUAACGGCAGUUAUUUGAUACGAUAUCUUUUUCCGUCGACUGACUUGACAGUAUUUGGUCUUUUCAUCGACAUGAAACCGUCACCAACACCUCUCUCAGCUGCCGUUGGAUGAUGUCAUUGUUAUCGCUCAACCGCGUCUACAACAGUUUUGGUUAUCCGACAUGGGGAGUCGCUUGGAAAAGAACUCGGCUGCGGUGCAGAAGCGCAUCGCGAGCCAUGAGUUUGCCGAUGAAGGCGGAGAGGAAUACGAGGCCAGCGCCUUCGGGGGAUUCGGCGACUAUUUUCGGAGAAAGAAACUCAAGCUUCAGAACCUCGACGUUGAGUAUCGCGCAGAAAAGGGCGAUAAGCCGCAGAUCUUCAAGGGAAUCGUGGCGCAUGUCACGGGCUACACUCAACCUCCUCUUCAUGUCCUUCACAAAGAGCUCGUUCAACAUGGCGCUGGCUUUCUGCAAUAUCUCGAUGGCAAAACCACGGCAACACAUAUCAUCGCCUCGGCCAUGCCGCCAAAGAAGUCCCUCGACUUCACCAACUACCGUGUCGUCAAGCCGUCCUGGGUGGUAGACUCCAUCCAAGCCGGUAAGCUGUUACCAUGGACCGACUACCGCGUCAUCGAACAAGGCCCACGGCAAAAGACCAUCCAGUUUGACGGAAACAAAAUGACGAGCCAACAACCCCAAUCGAAGUCUCCCACGGGCUAUCGAGAACAAACCCGUGAUAGCUUCUACAACAGCCAGUUCCAAAAGUCCUCCCAACUAGCCUCACAACAGUCCAGCAGCCCCUUUCAACCAAGACCAACCUUCAAAACCCACAACUCCAAGCACGAGGAUAUCGACGACAUCGACGAUGCCAUGGACCUCGACACACCCUCAAAACCUCAAAACGAACCUCCCAGAUCAGCCCAAAAACCACCCUCUCCUGACCCCAUGGCACCACCACCACCACCACCCAAACCCAAACCCAUCCCAAACAAACCCCUAACCUCGGAAGAACACAACGCCCUCCUCCUCUCCGACCCCAAAGUCCGCGAAUGCUCCACCGCCAACCCCGACUUUUUAUCAAAAUACUACGCCACCUCCCGUCUCCACCACCUCUCAACCUGGAAAUCCGACCUCAAAUCCCGCCUCCAGAAACUAACCUCGCAAUCAUGCUCCCGUCCUUCCAGCAAGCGGAAACCCAACCAGAGAAGAUACAUCCUCCACGUAGACUUUGACUCUUUCUUCUGCGCCAUCUCCCUCCAGAAAUGCCCCGAAUACGCCGACAAACCCACCGUCGUAGCCCACGGUUCCGGCAGCGGCUCCGAGAUUGCGAGUUGCAACUACCCCGCGAGGAAAUUUGGAGUCAAAAACGGCAUGUGGAUGAAGCGCGCGCUGGAGCUCUGCCCAGGGUUGAAGGUCUUGCCGUACGACUUUGCGGGGUAUGAAAAGGCGAGCGAGGUUUUUUAUCAGGUUUUGUUGGGGGUUGGGGGUGUGGUACAGAGUGUCAGCAUUGAUGAGGCGUUGGUUGAUGUGACGGAUGUGGUGCUGAGGGGGGUUGGGUCGACGGGGGUGGGGGUUGAUGAGGAGAGUAUUCGUCGGGAGCAGGAAAAGGCGGAGGAGAUUGCGAGGGGGUUGAGGGGGGAGGUGAGGAGGAGGACGGGGUGUGAGGUUUCGGUGGGGAUCGGGGGGAAUGUGCUGCUGGCCAAGGUUGCGCUGAGGAGGGCGAAGCCGGCGGGGCAGCAUCAGAUUCGGCCGGAGGAGGUGUUGGAUUCGAUUGGGGAGUUGGGGGUGGAGGGGCUGCCUGGGGUGGCGGGGAGUAUUGGGGGGAGGCUGGAGGAGAUGGGGAUCAGGUUUGUGAAGGAUAUAAGGGGGACGACGAGGGAGAGGUUGGUGAGCGUUCUGGGGCCGAAGACGGGGGAGAGGUUGUGGGAUUAUGCGAGGGGGGUUGAUAGGAGCGAGCUGGGGGAGCAGCCGGUGAGGAAGUCGGUCUCGGCGGAUGUGAACUGGGGGAUCAGGUUUGUCAGUCAGGAGGAGGCGGAGGAGUUUGUGAGGAAUCUGUGUGGGGAGUUGGAGAAGAGGCUUUUGGCCGAGGGGGUGAAGGGGAAGCUGUUAACCGUGAAGAUCAUGAGGCGGUCGCUGGAUGCGCCUUUGGAUCCGGCGAAGCAUCUUGGUCACGGGAAGUGCGAUACUUUCAACAAGAGCGCGAGCUUUGGGGUGGCGACGUGUGAUGCCGAGGUGAUCGGGAAGGAGGCGGUUGGGAUCUUACGGUCUUACAAGUUCAGCCCUGGAGAUCUGAGAGGCAUAGGGGUCCAGAUGACCAAGCUUGACCACAUCAAACCGUCAGCAGCGCCAGAGGGCAGUCAGAAGAAGCUGAACUUUGGCAGUGCUGUUGCUGCUCAGCCUCCGCCACCGAGGAGAGAGAGGGAACAAAUUGUCGACGACCACGUUCCGUACCAGCUCAAACGUUCAUCCUCCUCAGGGCAUGAAGUCGAACACGACCCCAUCACCGAAGACCCAUCAACACCCAAGAAACCCAGAGUCCACCCGGCACUCGCCCUCGCAGAAGCCAACGCUGCCGACGAAAAAGCCAAUGCCCCGCUCAACGUCCGAGGAACACAGUUCAUCCUCCCCUCCCAAGUCGACCCUGCCGUCCUGGCCGCACUCCCCCAGGAUGUCCGCAGCAAUCUAAUCGCCCGAGCCAAACGUCCCGCCUCCCCUGCCCCUGCUGCGAAAUCCCGCUCUGGCAGCCCGGCCACGGCAGAGGAAGUCCCCCCCGACGUCGACCCCGAAGUCUUUCACUCCCUCCCAGAAGACGUGAGAGCAGAGAUAUGGGCUCAAUACGGCGGCGGUCCAUCCCGGCAAAGCCGGCCGCCCUCUCGACAAGCAGUCCGUCCACACUCCCCCCGAAAAAACGGGACAAUCCACCACCUCCCUAAAGAACGACCUCCCCCCUCCCCCAAACGGGGGGGCGGUAAAUCCCUUUCCAGUCGGGGCAAACAACCCGGUUCCGGGGGGGCCAGACUCUUUCAAACAAACUUUACCCGUGCCGUCCCCGGUGCGGUCGAGGAUCUCGACCCUGAAGUGCUGGCGGCUUUGCCGGAGGAUAUGCGGAGGGAGGUGAUUGACGAUCACCGCAGAAGGAAGUUGAGUGUUGACGCUGCGCAUCACCGCCACCGUCGACCUCCCGCACCGCCGAAACAGAAGACUUUGGAGUUUGGGAGGCCGCUGAAGCUGGCGUUCACGGGGGAGGAGGGGAAGGUGACGGAGUUGGAGGAGAUCAAAAAGAUGGUGAGGGCGUGGUUUGAGAUGAAUAAGGAGGAGGGGCCGCAUGAGAUGGAUGUGGAGGUUUUUGGAGGGUAUGUCAAGAGUGUGGUGACGGUGGAGAGGGAUAUGGAGAAGGCGAGGGGGUUGGUUAGGUGGUUGGGGUGGUUGGUUGAGGAGGAGACGGAGACGGAGGAGGGGAGAAAAGGGUGGGAGGAGGCGGUGGAGGGGAUCAGGGGGUUUGUUGGGCAGGGGGUGAGGGAGAGGGGGUUGGGGGGGAUGGAUACUGGGUAA